AUGACUUGCAGCUCAUGCAGCUGGGGCUUGCCAGAGGAUCAGGGUGUUUGGACAGAAGAUUGGUAUGCAAGCCUCCAUGAUGCCAAGAAUGCCGCGAGAAGCUCAGCUGCGAUGCCCGUUGUUCGCAGCUUGCUGGAGGCCUUGCGCUCCCAGGUGGCCUCUCCAAGCAUCGCCGCCGAGGAGGGCUUGGCCUACCUGCUCGAUGUUGCGAUCCUCCUUGGGGACGCCGAGCUCGCCAGAUCCUGUGCCACGCACUGCACCCGCUUCCCACUGCGGCGAUGGAGAUUCCAGGAGUUCGCAAGGCUUAUAGUUGAUUUGCCGCGUCUUCGAGCAGAGAUCCUGGAGAAAGACAUCCUGAUUGCAGCUCUGGCCGCCGGCCUGGAGCUCAAGCAUCUUACCCACCGUUUCUACGACGAUUCCGUUUCGCUUGCGGAAGCCGUGGUGCUUUCCGGAGACGCGGAGCUCUGGCACCGAAUCGAAGGUCAUCAACUGCAGCUCGGGCCCUGGCCAGCGCAUAAACACUAUAACAACAUGGCCCAUUUUCUCCUGGAGGAUUCCGGCGGCAAAGUGAAGCUGAGCUCGGAGCGGAUGCAUCGUGCCAAGAGGGCGGGUCUCGCACUGAGCUCGUUUCGGGCCAGGGUUGCCUUCCGCUGCCAGUGUGGGAUCGGGCCGUGCGUUGGCUUCUCAUUGCUGGAAAUUGCGAUCUUUUUCGGGCAACGCGACUGUGCCCGACUCGAUGGAUCGAUGGACAUCGAGGAUCGAGAGCUUGCGCCAGAGGCGAGCCUUGAAGCGAUGCCUCCGGUGUGGGAGGACCAUAUCGUAUGGUGCGACAACUGUGGCCCUACCUCGUGGCGAUUUGCAGAUGCAUGGGCCGAUGAGUGGGUCGCAUCGCUCCCGGAGCGCAGGGCUGUUGCAGCCGACGCGCUUUGCGCCGCCCUGCAGGCAUCCCUCCACCGAACCGCAAGCUCUGCAGGAUUGGGUCUCUGUCAGGCCAUGCGCUCCUGGGCCCAUGGGAAGUCGGUGCCAGCGGCUGUGGUGAAGUUGGUUCUAGCUUUCGCGGCAGCGCGACCAUCGCUUCUGCAGGCCCUGGGGGGACGUGAGGGGGAGCUUCCUUUCAUGGGCCACUGGUGGGAAGAGUCGAUGCACAGAGAGGGCGCAGACUCUCAGAGCCCCCAGCCAGAUGCUGGGUCACAGGUUCAAGGAGAGAGUUUGGGUGUCGCAGGAAGUCAGCCUGCGGACGCCGCUGGCUCUUCCAGCAACGACGUGCAGGCACAGCCUGACAGCACAAGCGAGAAGGAAAGUGGCCCCGACCCGGACACGACGAACGAUCUCCUCACGGCCCUUCGCAACAGCAAGAAUGACAAUCCGCCUUUGAGUGGCGACGGCGUGGUGAUCUUUCGGCUCACUCGCAAGGCCAACGCGGAGGAAGUCAAUGCCAUCCUCUUUGAUGUGACCGGGCCCCUGUGGUCCUUGCACCGCCGUGUGCUGGACGCCGGCUGUGAAGUGGCGCCGGAGUGGUCUCCCAUCAAGGCGCUCUUUGUGCCCUUGACCCAGCCGCAGCUGCAAGAGCUCACACACGGCAACAUCUACGAGUUGGGGAAGGUGCACCUGCUGGCCCUCCAAUCGGAUGCCAAGCUUCUCACAGAGAGCUUUAAUGAAGAGCUUCAGCGCAGCGUUCGUCCCAAGCUCCGCCGUCAAGCUCCACGCAGGGACGAUGAAGAAGCGGGUGCACCGGACCACGAACCCUUGCUCGUAAUGAUGGGCGAUGUCCAUCAUGGUGUCCGAACGGAUUCCAAUGUAGGCUAUCCCGUCUACGAGACCUGA